GUUUCUUCCAAGGUCGUGGUGAAAGUUGAUUGGUUCAUUUUCCCAAAAGGGAAUCCCAAGAACAAUCUGACGGACAGACGAGGCGAAUAUUACUUCACAUGUUUUAGAUUGAAAAAGUUUAAAAUUUUACAACAGUGCAUCAAUCUGAGUAAAGUCAUCAACCAAAAGCAAAAGUAUGAGGUGGAAAACAUUCUACUUGGCGCUUAUUGGAGUUCUGUUUAUCAGUGGAUUAUGUUUGGCAGAGAACAAACAUGAUGAACAAGAAGCUAGCGUUGAUGAAGACAUUGGAAAAAGUAGACAAGGAUCCAAGACUGAUGAUGAAGUUGUUCAAAGAGAGGAGGAAGCUAUAAAGUUGGAUGGAUUGAAUGUAGCACAGAUGAAAGAAAUGCGAGACAAGGCUGAGAAACAUGUGUUCCAAGCUGAAGUCAAUAGAAUGAUGAAACUGAUUAUCAACUCUUUGUACAAGAAUAAGGAGAUUUUCUUGAGAGAGUUGAUUUCCAAUGCCUCUGAUGCUUUAGACAAAAUUAGAUUUGUAUCAUUAACAGAUAAAGAAGCUUUGCGGCAUACUGAUGAAUUCAGUAUUAAGAUCAAGGCUGAUCGAGACAAUCAUGUUCUCCAUGUAAUAGAUACAGGAAUAGGUAUGACCAAAAACGACUUGGUGAACAAUCUUGGAACCAUAGCAAAAUCUGGUACUAGUGAAUUCAUGUCUAAAUUGGGAGAGGCUUCAUCAACAACAGAAAUGACAGAUUUGAUUGGACAGUUUGGUGUUGGUUUCUACUCAUCAUUCUUGGUAUCUGACAGAAUAAUUGUAACAUCGAAACACAACGAUGACGAACAACAUGUCUGGGAGUCUGAUUCUGAGGCCUUCAGUGUGAGUAAAGAUCCUAGAGGAAACACACUUGGUAGAGGAACUCAAAUCAGUUUGCACUUGAAAGAAGAAGCUCAUGAUUUCUUGGAAGAGAAUACACUGAAAGACCUCGUCAAAAAGUACAGCCAGUUUAUCAACUUCAAUAUUUACAUUUGGGCUAGCAAGACAGAAGAAGUUGAAGAACCAAUUGAAGAUGAUGAAGCAACAAAAGAUGAACCAGAAAAGAAAGAUGAGGAGGACAAAGACGAUGAAGAUGAUGAUGCUAAGGUGGAGGAAGACAAAGAAGAGGAAAAACCAAAGACAAAGAAAGUCUCUAAAACUGUUUGGGAUUGGGAGCUGAUGAAUAGUGUCAAACCUAUCUGGACCAGAAAACAAGCAGAUAUCACUGAUGAAGAAUACAACGAAUUCUACAAAAAUCUCAGUAAAGACAGUGAUGAGCCUUUAGCCAAAGUACAUUUCACUGCUGAGGGAGAAGUGACAUUUAAAUCCAUUUUGUUUGUUCCUAAAUCAUCCCCACAUGAUACAUUCCAGAAUUAUGGCAAAAAUAUUGACAAUAUUAAGAUGUAUGUCCGAAGAGUAUUUAUCACAGAUAACUUUGAAGACAUGAUGCCAAAAUAUUUAUCAUUUGUUAGAGGAAUGGUUGACUCUGAUGACUUGCCAUUGAAUGUAUCAAGAGAAACUUUACAACAACAUAAAUUAUUGAAAGUUAUCAAGAAAAAACUGGUCAGAAAAACUUUGGAUAUGAUCAAAAAGAUUGAAAAAGAAGAUUAUGAUAAAUUCUGGAAAGAAUUCAGUACAAACAUUAAAUUGGGUGUUAUUGAAGAUAACUCCAAUAGGACUCGUCUGGCCAAACUUUUGAAAUUUUUCUCCUCCAACUCUGAUACAGAACAGACCAGUUUAGGGGAAUAUGUCGAAAGAAUGAAAGAAAAACAAGAAGCUAUUUUCUUUGUUGCUGGAACAAGCCGUGAAGAGGUAGAGAAAUCUCCAUUUGUAGAAAGAUUGUUGAAAAAAGGAUACGAAGUUCUGUACCUGACAGAACCUGUUGAUGAAUACUGCGUUCAGGCCUUACCGGAAUUUGAUGGCAAAAAAUUCCAAAACGUUGCCAAGGAAGGAUUAAAAAUAGAUGACUCCGAUAAAGCUAAAGAAAGAAAGGAGGCAUUAGAAAAGGAAUACGAGCCAUUGAUGAAAUGGUUGAAAGAGGAUGCACUCAAAGAUAAGAUUGAAAAAGCUGCCGUAUCUGAUCGUCUGACAUCAUCACCAUGUGCUCUGGUUGCCAGUAGUUACGGUUGGUCUGGAAAUAUGGAGAGAAUAAUGAAGGCUCAAGCUUAUGCCAAAGCACAAGAUGCUUCCCAAAGUUUUUACUCCAGUCAGAAAAAGACGUUAGAAAUUAACACAAGACAUCCACUUAUUAAAGAAUUAAAAACUAAAGUUGAUGCUGAUGCUAAUGACCAAACUGCUAAAGACUUAGCUGUUGUUAUGUUUGAAACAGCAACAUUACGAUCGGGAUAUUCAUUACAAGAUACACAAGGAUUUGCUGAGAGAGUAGAAAGAAUGCUAAGACUUUCAUUGGAUGUACCAUUAGAUGCAAAGAUUGAAGAAGAACCAGAAGAGGAAGCUCCAGCUGAUGAUGUGGAAGAAAUAACAGAUGCAGAUGAUGAGUAUACGUGUACCAAUUGUGGAAAUAGGAGAAAGUUACUAUCAUGGUUUUCGGGAGACAAUAAAAAACUGGACACUGAUGGCGACGGUAUUCCUGACUAUUUGGACAACGACGACGAUAACGACGGCAUUCCAGACGAUCAAGAUGACGAUGAUAACAACAACGGUAUUCCUGAUCGACUCGAAAAGGAUACUGAUGGUGAUGGAAUUCCCGAUUAUCUUGAUGAUGAUAUUGACGGAGACGGUAUUCCAGAUAGUCAAGAGGAGGAUGCCAACGGCGAUGGUAUUCCCGAUUAUAAACAAAAGGACACCGAUGGUGACGGAAUACCAGAUUAUCUUGACGAUGACGAUGAUAACGAUGGUAUUCCAGAUGAUAAGGACGAGGAUGCCGAUGGUAAUGGUGUUCCUGACCGACUGGAAGUAGAUACCGAUGGUGAUGGAAUUCCGGAUUAUUUGGAUGAAGAUGACGACGGCGAUGGAAUUCCUGAUAAACUUGAUAAAGAUGCCGAUGGAAAUGGAAUUCCAGAUCAUCUUGAAAUUGAUACUGAUGGAGAUGGCAUUCCUGACUAUUUAGAUGAUGAUGACGAUAAUGACGGUAUACCAGACGACAAAGACGACGAUGCGAAUGGCAAUGGUAUACCAGAUCGUUUGGAAGUUGACACUGAUGGCGAUGGUAUUCCGGAUUAUCUGGACGAUGACGAUGACAAUGAUGGUAUUCCAGAUGAUAAGGAUGACGAUGAUAACGGGAAUGGCAUACCCGAUUACCUUGAAGUUGAUACUGAUGGCGACGGAAUUCCCGACUACCUGGACGAAGAUGAUGAUAACGAUGGUAUUCCAGACGUCAAGGAUGAUGACUCAAAUGGCGAUGGUAUUCCCGAUAGUAAACAACACUGCACAAAAUAUGGAUGUGGUACUCUUCCAGACAAGGAUGGUGAUGGCAUUCCAGACUAUCUAGACAACGAUGCAGAUGGCGACGGAAUCCCUGAUGACAAAGAAAAAGAUACAGAUGGCGAUGGUAUACCAGACUAUCUUGAUGAUGAUGAUGACAAUGAUGGAAUUCCCGAUGAUAAAGAUGACGAUGCAAAUGGAAAUGGAAUACCUGAUCAUUUAGAAGUUGAUACUGAUGGAGAUGGAAUUCCCGAUUAUCUUGAUGACGAUGAUGAUAAUGAUGGAAUUCCCGAUCACUUAGAUGAUGAUGCCGAUGGCGAUGGUAUACCAGAUGAAAAGGAGAAAGAUACUGAUGGUGAUGGAAUUCCAGAUUAUUUGGAUGAUGAUGACGACAAUGAUGGGAUUCCGGAUGUAGAUGAUGAUGAUGCUGAUGGGAACGGAAUUCCUGAUAAUUUGGAGAUCGAUACAGAUGGCGACGGAAUUCCAGAUUAUCUUGACAAAGAUGACGAUAACGAUGGUAUUCCAGAUGACCAGGAUAAUGAUGCUGACGGUGAUGGAAUUCCCGAUGACAAAGAAAAAGACACGGACGGAGAUGGAAUUCCUGAUUAUUUGGAUGAUGAUGACGAUAAUGAUGGAAUACCAGAUAGUCAAGACAAGGAUGAUGACGGAGAUGGCAUUCCUGAUGACAAGGAAAAGGAUACUGAUGGAGACGGGAUUCCAGAUUAUUUGGAUGAUGACGACGACAAUGAUGGCAUUCCAGACGAUCAAGACAACGACGAUGACGGCGACGGAAUACCAGACGAUAAAGAAAAAGACACAGAUGGGGAUGGUAUACCUGAUUAUUUAGAUGAUGAUGAUGAUAAUGAUGGCAUUCCAGAUGAUCAAGACGAUGACGAUGAUGGUGACGGAAUACCAGAUUAUAAAGAAAAAGAUACCGACGGUGAUGGGAUUCCUGAUUAUCUUGACAGUGAUGACGAUAAUGAUGGCAUUCCGGAUGAUAAGGAGAAAGAUAGUGACGGAGAUGGAAUUCCAGAUCAUCUAGACGAUGAUGACGAUAAUGAUGGAAUUCCAGAUCAUCUUGACGAUGAUGAUGAUAAUGAUGGUAUUCCUGACGUUAAGGAGAAAAAUCCCGGUAUUGACAAAACCAAAGAUACUGAUGGCGAUGGAAUUCCUGAUUACUUAGACGACGAUGACGAUAACGAUGGUAUUCCUGACAAUUUAGAUGAUGACGAUGAUGGAGAUGGAAUUCCAGACAACCAGGAAGAUUCUGAUGGUGAUGGAAUUCCAGAUAGCUUAGAUGACGAUGAUAAUGGUGAUGGAAUUCCCGACGACAAAGAAAAAGACACAGACGGUGACGGUAUACCAGAUUACCUUGAUGACGAUGAUGAUGGCGAUGGAAUUCCAGACGAUCAAGAUAACGACGAUGAUGGUGAUGGAAUUCCAGAUGAUCGUGAAAAAGAUACUGAUGGAGACGGAAUUCCCGAUUAUCUAGAUGAUGACGACGAUGGCGACGGAAUUCCGGAUGACCAGGAUGGUGAUGAUGACGGAGAUGGCAUCCCUGAUGACAAAGAAAAGGAUACUGAUGGUGAUGGUAUUCCUGACUAUUUAGACGAUGAUGAUGAUAAUGAUGGGAUACCAGAUCAUUUAGAUAACGAUGAUGACGGUGAUGGAAUUCCAGAUGAUAAAGAGAAGGAUACUGAUGGUGACGGGAUUCCAGAUUAUUUGGAUGAUGACGACGACAAUGAUGGUAUCCCAGAUGAUCAGGACAAUGAUGAUGAUGGCGAUGGCAUCCCUGAUGACAAAGAAAAGGAUACAGAUGGUGAUGGUAUUCCUGACUAUUUAGACGAUGAUGAUGAUGAUAAUGAUGGGAUACCUGAUCAUUUAGAUAACGACGAUGACGGCGAUGGAAUUCCAGAUGACAAAGAAAAAGACACGGAUGGUGACGGAAUUCCAGAUCAUUUAGAUGACGACGAUGAUAAUGAUGGUAUACCAGAUCAUCUUGACAACGAUGACGAUGGUGACGGAAUACCCGAUGACAAAGAAAAAGAUACUGAUGGAGAUGGUAUUCCCGAUUAUUUAGAUGACGAUGAUGAUAACGAUGGUAUCCCUGACGACCAGGACAAUGAUGAUGAUGGCGAUGGUAUCCCCGAUGAUAAGGAAAAGGAUACAGAUGGCGAUGGUAUUCCCGAUUACUUGGAUGACGACGAUGAUGGCGAUGGAAUUCCUGACAAUCAAGACAAUGACGAUGACGGCGAUGGAAUACCAGACGAUAAAGAAAAGGAUACCGAUGGUGAUGGGAUUCCUGAUUAUUUAGAUGACGAUGAUGACAAUGACGGUAUACCUGAUCAUUUAGAUGAUGACGACGAUGGCGAUGGCAUCCCGGAUGACAAGGAAAAGGAUACUGAUGGCGAUGGAAUUCCUGAUUAUCUAGAUGACGACGAUGAUAAUGAUGGUAUUCCAGACGAUCAGGAUGAUGAUGAUGACGGUGAUGGUAUUCCGGACGUCAAAGAAAAAGAUUCAGAUGGCGAUGGAAUUCCAGAUUAUUUAGACAAAGACGACGAUGGCGACGGUAUUCCUGACGAUAAAGAAACGGACACAGAUGGUGACGGUAUUCCUGAUCAUCUGGACAACGACGAUGAUGGCGAUGGAAUUCCAGAUUCCGAGGAUGAAGAUUCUGAUGGAGAUGGAAUUCCUGAUUUCAAACAAAUUGAUACAGACGGUGAUGGCAUCCCCGAUUAUUUAGACGAUGAUGAUGACAAUGACGGCAUUCCCGAUCAUCUUGACAAAGACGAUGACGGAGACGGAAUUCCAGAUCAUUUAGAGAAAGACUCUGAUGGAAAUGGAGUUUUAGAUCACCUCGAUGACGACGAUAACGAUAAUGGAAUCCCCGAUUACCAGGAAGUUGACAGCGAUGGCGAUGGAAUUCCAGAUUACCUUGAUGAUGACGAUGAUAAUGAUGGAAUACCAGACGAUGAAGACUCGGAUGCGAAUGGCAACGGAAUCCCAGAUUUUAUGGAAGUUGAUACUGAUGGUGAUGGGAUUCCCGAUUAUCUUGAUGACGAUGAUGAUAAUGACGGAAUUCCCGACUAUUUAGAUGACGAUGAUGACGGUGAUGGUAUUCCAGAUAAGAAAGAGGAUAGUGACGGCGAUGGGAUUCCCGAUUAUCUUGACAAUGACGCUGAUGGCGAUGGAAUUCCAGAUAAACUUCCAGAUACCGAUGGCGACGGAAUUCCAGAUCACAGAGAUAAAGACAGGGAUGGUGACGGAAUCGAUGACGUUAAACAGAAAAAGGAGAAAACGAUAUUGAAAAAAUCAAAAACAUCAGAAGGUAAAUUAAAAGAUGAUGACGAUGACGACGACGAUAAUGAUGAUGAUACUGAACAAAAAAGUUUAUUUUCUAGAAUUUUGACUUCAAUUAAAAAUUUAAUUAUUUCAAAUGACGAUGACGAAGACGACGAAGAUCAAGUUAAGAAAAAUCCAAAUCCUUCAAGGAAGAAAAAGAAUGAAAAAGAUGAAGAUGAUCAUGAUGAAGAAAUAGAUUUAGUUGACUUAGUUAAAUCUGUAAUUGGUAAUAAUGAAUCAGACGAUAAAACAAAGGUUAAAAAUAAAAGUAAUAAAAAACAAGAACAAAUAAAGAAGAGAAAAUCCGGAUAAAACACUCAUAUUUUAGAUACUUUUAGGGGAUAUUUUUUGCGAUGAUUACUUUAAAAUAAAAACACAAUGAAAUGAAAAUUAUAAUAAUAAACGAAGGGGAUGAUACUUCUAAUGGGGAAGGGAGUGGUUGGACAAAACAAUACUUGUUGUCAGGAGAUGUGUGCACUAGGAUAAUUUGAAUUUACGUCAGUGUGUUGCAUUUUGGAGUAUUUGUAACAUGUGAAAUGUAUAAAUGAUUUAAGUGAGACUGAUCUCAUUUUAUAUUUGUUUUAUGAAAUUUGUUUUUUUGAGAUUGAGAUUUUAGAAACAGUAUUCCUCAGUCAAGCUUUAAAUUUGGACUUAAAUAUGGAACGUUGUUUUACCUGGAUACAUUUUGUGACUUACUUGAUAUGAAUGGUUUAUCGAAGCAAACGAUUAUAAUAUAAAGCAGGUUAUCCUUUCUAAUACUUGAACAAUUUUACCCCAACCUUAUACAAUCAUGUGUUAAAUUUUUUUCUUGCAAACGAUAAAUUCUAUUUAGAUUAUUGUUCAAGGUCAAAAUUUUCCACGCGGAACCUACUGGAAUCUAAGAUUUCAUUUUCAUAAUUUUGAAUUAGAUAACUUAAAGGUCCUUUAAUCAGAGUCUUAAAUAAUAUAAAUUGAAAUAGACUAAAUUUUGCUCGCCAAAAAAAUGGUAAACACAAGUUUGGUCAAUGCAUGGUUAACAUAUGGAGAAUCACAAAAUACGUCGCUUACGCAACCAAUUAUAUAAAGCAAAUAUGUAAAUUACAGUGAAAGUUCUACACUCGAAAAGAUUAAUCAUACAUGAAGAAUUAUAAAAUUGUAUAUACCAUUUCCCACAUAAUGCUUUCAAAUUAAGAAUUAUUUACAAAAUCCAAAUGUUCCAUAUCUAAGUUCAUAAGUAAAAUUGUAUUCCACGUAUAUCUAUUGCAAUAUGUGUCUUAAUUUUGAGUGCAAUGUGAAUGGUCGAUUUAAACAGCAAAAAUCACUGAAUGGGUAUUUAUUUAUUUAUUUCAUUAUUUGUUUAUCUAUUUAUUUGUGUCAAUUUCAUUGAAUUAAUUCAUUCCAUUAUCGAUGUACUUUUAAAAGCAACCCUUUUAAACAAAUUUAGUCAAAAAUGUAUAUAAUAGUUCUGUUUCCUGUCUCCAUACCUACCCUAAAGUUAUAUAUAUAUAGCAUAACACAUUUUAUAAACAUUUUAGAUUAAGAAAAAUAUAAAAGUCCAGAAAUUUUUGGUUAAACUCCGAUAAAGUCCAGUAUAUUUUCCUGUAUAGUCUAUGGAAAAUAUUUUACCAGGAGGCAGGAAAAAAGUAUAAAAUGUAUGUAUUAAUUGUUGGCUUUAAACGUGAAUUUUAGAAGCAUACUUAAGUUAUGGUUGUUGUUAUACUUUUAUUAUCCGAUAAGAAUCGUUUUAAUGUUUAGACUUGUAACAAAUCAGUGUUGGGUAAUAAUAUGGGAAGUUGUUUCCCUUUUCACUGGGAAGUUAUUUCCCUUUUCACAAUUUGUUUCAUUCAUAAAAUUAUUUCCAGUGUAGAUAAUGUUUUUUAACUUUUCACAUGGCGUGCAAGAUCCGUCUUUCAGAUUUACCAUAACUAAAAUCAGCCAAUUACAAAUUAGUUAUUAUUUAUUACUCGUUGUUUGUUUGUUUUUUUUUUAAAUAUUAUCCUCAUAAGGACCUCAUUCUCAACCGUUUGUCUUUUAUUUAUCAGGAGAUGUUUUGUUAGUAUUGCUUGCAGUUAAACAUUUAUUUUAGGCAUACGCUCUUUAGCUUCAUUAUAAAUGGUGGCUAAAAAAUGACAUUAGAAUAACAUAGAACUACAUUAAAUUAUUGAAGAAGAAAAAAAAAAAAACGAUCGACUAUGGUCUUACAAAUUUAGUUUUAUAGAUGUCACGUGAAUAUAUAAUUAGAACUUCAAGUCUUUGUUACCUUUUUUAAAAUUGAAAAUCGGCUUAAAAAGCUGACUUUUUAAAUGACUGGUUUCUUGUUAACAAUGAUUGAUUGCUGUAUCCACUUGUUUAAUUCUGAUUAUUUUUAAGAUAUUUUGUUUCUUUAUAUUUUCAUCUUACAAUACCACGGAAUGAAUGAACAUGUAAAAAUAGCAUUUUAAUCAUAUUUUCCAGUAAAAAAAAAUUGUUGGGUUGAUAAAGGUUCAUUGCCAUUCCUAUUUCAUAAUAAAGAGGUAGAUCUUGGGUAAGGGUGGUAACUCUUGAAGUCAUUAAUGCGUUUGUAAUGGUCAUUUUCCAUAAUGUUUUUUUUUUAAGUAGUCACGUAACACAGAAUUCAUAUAAUCUGUGUUGCUUAGAAUCUUAGAACUGUAUGAAAAUGAAUGAAUCAAAUGUUCCAGUGAAUUUAAGAAUUAUUUUUGUUAGCCUAGGUCUACCUCGUUAAGUUUCUCAAAGAAAUUCUCAUUUUUUGGGAUGUGUGCAAUAAUUUUCAUUUUCGUCAUUGGAACUGUCUUAAAAUUUGAGGUAAGACCACCCACCUUUUUUCUUGUACUCACAAGGUCAGUAUGGGUUUUAAAAGGUUAAUGAAAUCAGGUGGUAUUAGAAUAUUUAAGAGCAUGCAUAAUGUGACAAAAAGAGCUUUUCCAAAGAUUACCAAUGCUUUUAAAAGAUUUUAUUCUUGUCCAAAAUGUUCAGUGUUAAAGACAUUUUUUAUUAUAACAUUGCAUAUUUGUUAUUCGUUCUUAUCAAAUUUUGCGUUGAAGGACAGCCGAAUCCAAAAGUAUUUUCAGUAAACAUUUUAAAAAACGAUAUAUACUUUGCCUUCAGUAUAAUAUUUUUUUUUAUUCUAUUUUUUUGAGGGAAGGUUGAAAUGUUCCCCCUUUUCAAUGUUCUUAAAAAAAAUCAAAGUUUGCAAAAUAUUUAUCAACAGUCUUGAUUUUGGCCGUUUAGAAGAAAUCAAAUGUUUAGAAAAAUAGAAUAACUGUCGUCAGAACCUUAAAAUAAGCAAAUGGGGUCAUGGAACUUUGAUUGCCAGUAAAGAUUUUUAGAUUUUGUUUAAACGACCCUGCUCUAGAAACAAUUACUGGGGAAGUUGGCCCUAUCUAUUUGUACACAUUUUUUAGUUAUUCUCAUCAGUACUUAAACGAUGUUGGUAUUAAAAUAUACGACUACUGUUAUAUUUUCAGAAGCAUUAUAAGCAAUAGAAAUAGUAUAGACUUCCGAACUACCGACUUCGACUUAAUUUCGGUUAAAUUAUUUUGGUUAAACACUUUGAAAUGAUUAGAUUAAAAGUAAAAUGACCUUUGUUAGUUACAUACUUCAAUAUUAUUUUGCUUCCUUUUAUUUGACAAAAUAGUGUAAAUUAAUAAUGGUCGAUUUGCAGUGAAUGUUUAAUGAUAUAACCUCCUUCUGUAUAUCAGGGCCCUCUAAAAAAAAAGACUUUAAAAAAUAUUUCCAAGAUGAUGAUAGAUUCUAAUUUUUGAUGAAAUAAUUGCAAUUUAAAAAUCAUAGGGUACUCACUUAUCAAAUCCAAAUUUGCGGGAAUACGGAUUCAAACUUGCAUGCAUGUUUAUCAACUAACGAAAUAACGUAUUUUUUCAGAAGAGGAGGGAUGAUAAGACCCAUUAUUUGGCCCCUGAAAUUUCAAAAAUAGUAAACUUAUUCAAGCCUUUCAAAAUAAUGUUAAAUUUUUAUUGAUAAAUGAACAUGUCAACAUAUUUUGGACACUUUAGUUCAGAAAGGUCACUUGUGAUGUCACUACUUUAUGUCAUAAACAUUUCGAAAUUUACAUAUUUGACCUAAAAUGGCUCUUGCAACCAUAGUUUUUUGGUCAAAAUAUAUAUGAGCAACAGCUUAACCCAAAAAAUUAUUUCAAGAUCAUAAACACCUUAUUGCAAUACAUUUUGUAGCAAAACAUCUUAUCGGGUAAAACUGUUACUUAUAUCUAAAUAUUAAUGAAAAGAUAUCAAGAUGAGGCUAUUUUGAAAGUGUUUGCUGUUUUUCAUUAAAUAUUAGAAGUAUUAAAAGUCCUAAUGCUAAUCUGGAAUACAAAAUUCAAAAAUAUAAAUACUGAUGUCCGACAGACAAUGUCGGAUGAACAUCCGAAUGAUGUUUUUUGGUAGAUUUAUAAUACUUUUUGGUUUUCGAAAUCAAGGGGCACAAAAGUGGUGUUAUCAUGCCUUAUUCUUUCUUUUACUGGUUAAAGUUUGACGACAACUUUAAGUCAAGAUGUGUUAUCUUUAGACUUUAGUCGGUAUUUUAAAAGUCUGCUUUGGAUUUAAGAAAAAUAUUCAUUGAUUAUUUUUGAUGUUUUUUUUUAUAUUUUUCAUGAGACAGUUCCAUAGUAUUUUGUUUGUUAAUGUUAAUGUGCUUGAUAAUGUCACCGAAAAUAAAAUACGAAAAUAUGUUA